GCCACGUCGUAGUCGGUCGUUUGGCUCGUACGUCAGCGGGCGGGAGUGAGCCGUAGCUGGCGAGAUGUCCCUGCUGCGGUCGCUGCGCUUGUUCCUGGACGCGCGGACCGGGAGUUUCCCGGCCGGGUCUCUUCAGCUUCAGUCGCCCCAGCCACGGUACACCAUUCACGCUGCGUCCUGGUUGUCUGCCUCUUCUUCCAGCAAGGAGCUCCUUAUGAAGCUGCGGCAGAAAACAGGCUACUCCUUUGUAAAUUGCAAGAAAGCUCUGGAAACUUGUGGUGGAGAUCUCAAAAAGGCAGAGAUCUGGCUUCACAAGCAGGCCCAGAAGGAGGGCUGGAGCAAAGCUACCAAGCUCAGUGGGAGAAAGACUAAAGAAGGACUGAUUGGGCUGCUGCAAGAAGGAAAUACUACUGUAUUAGUAGAGGUAAACUGUGAGACAGAUUUUGUUUCCAGAAAUUUAAAAUUUCAACAGUUGGUCCAGCAGGUAGCCCUGGGAACCAUGUUGCAUUGUCAGAGCCUAAAGGAUCAACUCUCCACGUACAGUAAAGGCUUCCUGAAUUCCUCUGAGCUUUCUGGACUUCCAGCUGGGCCUGACAGAGAACACUCUCUCAAGGAUCAAUUGGCCUUAGCAAUAGGGAAACUUGGAGAAAACAUGACUCUUAAACGAGCUGCGUGGGUGAAGGUGCCAUCUGGGUUCUACGUUGGCUCUUAUGUCCAUGGAGCAAUGCACAGUCCCUCGCUCCACAACCUGGUGCUGGGGAAGUAUGGGGCCCUGGUCAUCUGUGAGACAUCUGAACAGAAAGCAAACCUUGAAGACCUUGGCCGCCGCCUUGGGCAGCAUGUGGUGGGCAUGGCUCCUCUCUCUGUUGGCUCCCUGGAUGAUGAACCUGGGGGAGAGGCAGAGACCAAGAUGCUGUCCCAACCAUACUUGCUGGAUCCCUCUAUCACAUUGGGACAGUACGUGCAGCCCCAUGGGGUUUCUGUAGUAGACUUUGUGCGGUUUGAAUGUGGAGAACUUGAAGAGGCAACAGAGGCUGAAUAGGUUCUAGACACUUUUGGCUUAGGAGAAAAUGUUUAUUUUUAUUUCUGGACAUCAUAGCAAAAAGAAGAAAUUGCCCAAGCCUCUUUAAACCCAGAAUUUGUCAACUGAAUUUUUAAUGAAAUUAUAUAGUUCAUGGGGUAAAGUUAAUAAAUAAUAUUUUUUCCUUGUUUGCA